AUAAUUUUACCCUAAAGGCCGACAUAUACCAUGCAUAUCAUACAGUGAAGGCAAAUGGUAUUCCCGAUGAAAACAUAAUUGUCAUGCAUUACGACGAUAUCGCUAACAAUAGUCAAAACAAAUACCCGGGAAAGGUAUACAACGGGCCGACCGGUCAUAACGGCACUGAAGUCUAUAACGGCGUACCCAAGCAUUACACCGGCGAAGACGUUAACCCAGAGACUUUCCUGAAAGUAUUGGCUGGCGAUGAGGGGUUGAAAAAAGCGGGCAAAAAAGUGUUGGAAAGCGGACCAAAUGACCAUGUGUUUAUAUUUUUUGAUGACCAUGGUGCUCCCGAUUUGGUUGCCUUCCCCCAUAAGUAUUUAUACGCUGAGCCGUUAAUGAAAACAUUAAAACAAAUGCACCUGGAUAAGAAAUACGCCAAACUUGUAUUUUAUAUUGAAGCUUGUGAAUCAGGUUCAAUGUUUUAUAAAUUACUACCCACCGAUAUUAAUAUAUACGCCACGACUGCGUCUAAGCCCGACGAGGGUAGCGAUUGGUGUUAUUGGGACGAGGAUAUUCAAAAUCAUCUAGGCGAUACGUAUAGUGUUAACUGGAUUAUCAAUACAGAGUCGGCCACCAAAGCGACAACAUUUCAGGAGCAGUUUGAUUACGUGAAGGCAAACACUCCCAACUCGGUUGCCCAACAAUAUGGUGAUCUAUCAAUUGCAAAAUUGCCCAUCUCACUUUUCUUGGGAUCAAAGAAAAACCCUGAGACAAUAUUUCAAUUGAAUGGUAACCGAGAUGUGGGCAGUAAUAGAGACGCACCGUUAGUGUUGGCCCAACGAAGCGGUGAUUUUGAGAGAUAUCAACAAUUAGUGACCGGAAGACAGUUUGUGGACAAUAUGUUCAGUGAAUACGUGAAUAGUAUUCAACACUUAAUGAACGCAAACAAUGAUGUCUUCAAUACUAGACUAGAGCUCAAUAACAGAGAGUGUUAUCACAACUUUGUCGACACAUUCAACGAUCAGUGCCUUGAAAUAACCAAGCAUACUUACGUUUUGGGCAAAUUAUACACAUUUGUUAAUAUUUGUGAACAAUUGAAUGACUCGAGCGCUACCCAAGCCCUCAACCAUUUGGUCCAAUACUGCCAACAAAACAUACUCAAUGCUUAUCCAAAUAAUAUUUUGUAAUAUUAUUGUAAUAGUUGCCUUGGU